AUGGACCACGAGCCAAAACAGAGCCAGACGCCGCUCCCAAAUCAGCAUCUUCUGCCUUCCAUCCCUCCCUGCUGCGGAGAGAGAGUUGUUUGUGCGGCUCGCACGCAGCUGCCAGGACCUGCCCCAGGAAUGGCCGCUGCUCCCUCGUCACGUGGCAGCCUGAGAAAAUGUGAUGUUGAUGAAUGCCAGGCUAUCCCUGGAGUCUGCCAAGGAGGACGCUGCAUUAAUUCAGUAGGUUCUUAUGAGUGCAAGUGUCCUGUUGGUCACAAACAGAACGAGGAAACUCAAAAAUGUGAUGAUAAUCACCAAAGGUUUUGCUUUGCUGAAGUUCUACAAACAAUGUGUCAGAUGGCUUCCAGCAGCCAGAAUCUUGUCACUAAAUCUGAGUGCUGCUGUGAUGGAGGCCAGGGCUGGGGGAACCAGUGUAUGCAGUGAAUGCCCGCUGCCCAGAACCAGUACAAGAAACUCUGUCCCCACGGACCAGGCUAUACCACAGAUGGAAGAGAUAUUGAUGAAUGUAAGGUCAUGCGAAAUCCGUGCAGAAAUGGACAGUGUAUUAACACAAUGGGCUCCUUCCGAUGUUUCUGCAAAGCUGGUCGCACCACUGACAUCGGUGGCACAUCUUGUGAUGACAUUGAUAAGUGCUCCCAGUCUCCUAGACCAUGCAAUUUUAUCUGCAAGAACUCAGAAGGGAGCUACCAGUGCUCAUGCCCUCAGGGCUACAUCCUUCAGGAAGAUGGAAAGACAUGUAAAGAUCUUGAUGAAUGUCAAACCAAACAACACAAUUGUCAGUUUCUCUGUGUCAAUACCCUUGGAGGCUUCACAUGCAAAUGUCCACCUGGUUUUACACAACAUCACAAAGGUUGUAUUGAUAACAAUGAAUGUGGUUCUCAUCCAUCACUUUGUGGAUCAAAAGGAAUUUGCCAAAACACUCCUGGAAGUUUUACCUGUGAGUGUCAAAGGGCAUUUUCUCUAGAUUCAACUGGACUAAACUGUGAAGAUGUGGAUGAAUGUGAUGGAAACCAUAGGUGCCAGCAUGGGUGUCAAAACAUCCUGGGUGGAUACAGAUGUGGAUGCCCACAAGGAUAUAUUCAGCAUUACCAGUGGAAUCAGUGUGUUGAUGAAAAUGAAUGCUCCAAUCCUAACACGUGUGGCUCUGCUUCUUGUUACAACACCCUUGGAAGUUACAAGUGUGCCUGCCCAUCUGGGUUUUCCUUUGACCAGUCCUCCAGUGCCUGCCAUGAUGUGAAUGAGUGUUCUUCCAUCAAGAACCCCUGCAAUUAUGGUUGUUCCAACACUGAAGGGAGUUAUCUUUGUGGCUGCCCACCUGGCUAUUACAGAGUUGGACAAGGACACUGUGUCUCAGGGAUGGGAUUUAACAAAGGCCAGUACCUUCCACUGGAUGGAGAUGCUGAUGAAGAGAAUGUUUUGUCCCCUCUAGCAUGUUAUGAGUGCAAAAUCAAUGGCUAUUUCAGAAAAGACAACAGGAAGAAGAGAAGUGCUAAUGACACUGUAGGUAAAGAGCUGUAUAAUACUAAGUUGGGAAGUCUGGACAUGGAUAGUCCUGUGAGGAUCAGGGUCAAUAUUUCCAGGCUGGAUCACAAGGAGCAUAUCCUGGAACUCCUGCCAGCCAUCAAGCCUCCCACCCACCAUGUGUGUUACAUCAUCUCUCACGGAAACGAUGAUGGGAUCUUCAGGAUCCACCAAAGGGGUGGGCUGAGCUACUUGCACACGGCAAAGAGGAAGUCAGUGCCUGGCAUUCACACACUGGAAAUCACCAGCAUUCCUCACCAGAAGAAGGAGCUAAAGAAACUGGAAGAGAGCAAUAAGGACAGCUACCUCCUGGGGGCAGUGCUGGAGGCAGUGCUCAGGAUGAGGCUGUGGCUCUAUUAG